AUGUCACUGGCGGUCAAUCCGGAGAAAGGUGAAAUCAAAGUGAUGGAUACGUUUGAUUUGGCAGUGAUUUUGGCCGCAGUUCUUGGAAUUGCACUGAUUGUGAUAUCCUACUGGAGUUCAAAGAAAGAUAUCAAAGUCACUUGCAAACAAUUAUUGGAAAGAAUGGAUCAUAUUUUGUUUUUCGUUGACGACGACCGUUGGGGCGGUGGCGGCGGCGGUGAUUCCGGCGACUCUGGCAGCGACGGUGAAAUCCCUCUCGAAGACCUGGUGAACGUGCCUGAGGGGAAAAUCGGGGCCAAGAAACGCAAGAAGCUGGAGAUGAAGGCGGAAAAACGGGCCAUGCGCGAUGCGGAGUUUGCGGAACGAGAAGAACGGAAAGAGCGCGAAGAGAAAAAGCGUAUCGAGCAGGAGAAGAAGGCGAAGAAGGAACGAGAGGUUGAGAAGCAGAAAGAAGAGGAAGAACGAUUGCGAAAGGAGGAAGAAGCCCGUCGAGAGCAAGAAGAGUACGAACGCAUGAAAGCAGAUUUUGAAUUGGAGGAAGAAGGCUUUGAUGAAUCGGAUAAACAAGGGGAUUCCGAAGGGCUUCUCCAACGAUUUGUGAAUCACAUCAAGACGCAAAAAAUUGUACAACUUGAAGAUCUGGCGGCAGAAUUCAAAUUGAAGAUUCAAGACGUGAUUGACAGGAUUUCUGAGCUACAAAAAGAAGAAGUGCUGACCGGCGUGAUUGAUGACCGAGGGAAGUUUAUUUAUAUCACGGAAGAUGAACUAAAAGCAGUGGCAACUUUCAUCAGGCAACGAGGACGCGUCAGCAUUGCGGAAUUGGCAGAAAACAGCAGCAAAUUGAUUGGCUUUGCUCAGGAAACCGCCGCCUCCUGA